AGCCAAUUGGUUUGGGAGUCAUUGGCAAAAAGCUCGUUACAUGGGUAACUUAGAAAGCCUAAGGAAACUUGACAAGAAAAGAAAAGAAAAGAAAAAAAAAAAAAGAUAAGCCAGCACACAAAAAAGUUUGAUAAUUUCUACUCCAAUGUUUCUAAGUGCUUAGUAACUGGGGGUUAGGUAUGCGACCCAUAUCAGCUUUCACGUCAAACAGUAACUUGAAAUAUGAGUAUGUAAAGCACUUUGAAUUUGUGACUUAUUGAGUAACCGGGUGCUUUCAUCACAAAUGUUAGUAUUCGCGUCAAAAGAUAAGUGACAGCUCAAGGAAGAUUGUGAUGUAUGGCUAUAAAAAAAGGAGAAAAGAGAAAAAGAAAAGAAAAAAAAAAGGAGAAAGGUGGAGUUGUCUCCAUGGAAGGGGAUGCUAGCUGCAUCCAUGGCCUCCAAUACGACAAGGUGUGACACUUCUGACAAACGUUGGCCCUUCUUGCCAUACCCACACCGUCAAAGGGUGGUCCUGGUUGUUGUUGGCCACCAGGCAUCGCACCACCAUGCACGGGCGACCACCAAGGGACCAUCAGUUGCUAUCCGAAGUGAACCCAGCCGUUUUCCAGCGUCCCCACCUGCAAAAUUGCCGCCGGAUUUGCUGCUUUCUUCCUUCCCUGCCGCCGGCCACAGCUGGGUUGGCCCUGUUGAAGUCCUCCAAUUUUCCCGCCGGCUCUUCCCUUUACCGCCAGCUCCAGCUUUGCUUGUUGAGCAUUUUUGGUCCUUGAUUGCCCUGUGGUCUUAGCACUUGGAUUAGGCCUUCUGUCCUGCGUGACUAAGAAUUGAGCAUGCCCACUUGAGAUUCUUCGGUUUAUUUUUGAAAGUGAGAACGAUUGUGAAUUUCGGUUUUGUUUGUAAAGUUUGCUUGGUUUUGUCUCCAAUAUGGUCGUGAUAAUUGUGUGCCCGCUAGUGGGAGGUUUAUAAACGCUAGCACAUGUC